CCCACAUGGUCUCGUAUCAGUGGCGAUUUAAAGCCAUCUCACUCUGUCAGUGUCCAGUCCGACUAGUUCCAAACGACGCAAGUUUGUAGGCGCGAUCCAAUGCAACUAGCGUGGGAAUUUACUCAUAUUUGAUAACAUUUAUCCCGUAGAACUGCUAGACUUAGCAGCGAAUAGUGAUUGUAGUGACGCGAUUUUAAAACAUAAUAUAUUUUUGCAUGCCUUAAUUUAGUGAAACGAAAUCAAUGAAUAAUGUGGGUGAUAUUUAUGCGCUUUAUUGACCUCUACUGAAGGUGACUAUCGCUUCGACCAGUUUCCAGUAAGUUCGGAUUGUGUUACCCUAAGGGUGACCAACAUUGUGCGAAGCUUUCAACAGCGGUUCAGAAUAGAUAUAUCUACGAGCGGACAAUACGCGACAAAUAACCAUCAACAUUAUCACCGACGUCACCCAAUACAACGCUGGGCGUACAAAAAAAAAUCGAGAAACAAAUACUCUCGCUCACAUAUACACAUCACUCAAACGCAAGAACCGCACCGCAGCAGCUGGGCUCUGAAAAAUGAUGACAUCCUGUCCACCUUUCAACAAGCACAUCUUCAUCAAUGGGGGACCUCCGAGCGAAACGACCGGCAGCGAAAUCUCGUCGGUCGAGAGUGAUUGGGGUGACCUGCGGUUGAUUGCGGCUCAGUUGGGCGUAGCCAAUCCGGACGAUCUACAUGUCGAGCGGUUCAAGGUGGACCGCCUGAAGCUGGAGGAUAUGAUUAAAGUCGAAACGUAUUCAGAAGGAAUGAAUAGCGCAGAGGAAUUCUUCACGAAUAUCAUGAAGGAAACCACCACCUACGUCAGCUGGCCUUGCCGCCUCAAAAUUGGUGCGAAAACGAAGAAGGAUCCGCACAUCCGGAUCGUCGGCAAAAUGGCCGACGUGUUGAAGGCGAAGGACAAAGUGAUGGCACGUUUGGACUCCCGGGGGAGUCGCGUCAUUAUGAAAAUGGACGUCUCGUACACGGAUCACUCGUUCAUUAUCGGCCGCGGGGGAAACAAUAUCAAGCGGAUUAUGGAGGAGACGGCGACCCACAUCCACUUCCCGGACUCGAAUCGUUCGAAUCCAACGGAGAAGAGCAACCAGGUGUCGCUGUGCGGUAGUCUGGAGGGUGUCGAGCGAGCACGUGCGCUGGUUCGCAUCUCGACGCCACUGUUGAUCUCGUUCGAGCUACCGAUUCUCGCCCCCGGUAAGACACCACCGGACAACGAUACCCCCUACGUCAAGGAGGUGGAGCGGGAGUUCAAUGUGCAGGUCAUAUUCUCCACCCGACCCAAGCUGCAUUCCUCACUGGUGCUGGUGAAGGGCGCCGAGAAGGAGGAACAGAAGGUGAAGGAAGCCACCCGCCGUCUGAUGGAGUUCAUGUGCGAGAACAUUGCGAGCCAAAUACCGGUCCAAAUGCAGCUGGAAAUAUCCACACAACAUCAUCCAAUUGUGCUUGGUCGUGCUUCCAGCAAUUUGCGGGAAAUUAUGAGCAGAACUGGAACACAGAUAAUGUUCCCGGAUGCAAACGAUGUGAAUAUCAAGCCAAUCAAGCGCUCCCAGGUGACCAUUACCGGCUCGAUAAACGGCGUCUAUCUGGCAAGGCAGCAAUUAAUAGGUAGUCUCCCGAUUGCAUUGAUAUUCGACUAUCCUGAGAACACGGUUGACUCGGAGGAAAUAACGAAGCUGAUGUACGCCCACGAUGUGUUCAUUUCCGUACGACAGAAAUCGCGGCAGAGCACGCUGUGUAUUGUUAUCAAAGGGAUCGAGAAGUUUAUCUCGAACAUCUACGAGGCGCGCUACCAUCUACUCAAAUGCACAGCCUCAAGGGUAGUAGCGGAUAUUCCGCGGUCCUAUUUGGGACCGAACGAGCAAGCAAAGAAUUCCCAAAAUGUAUCCCAACUUCUGGCCGGUCCAGCACCGCAACCGUUCUCUCCGCUAUCGCCCAUCAAUCCCAUGCCCUUCGCAACGCACAACUGGCCUUCGCCAACACCACCGGCGGAGUUUGCAUUGAACCAACUGCGUAAUCAAUUCCAGAACUUCAAUCUAGGACCAACCAAAAUGCACCAUCCGCUGGCGAUGCCGCCCGGUUUGGGGAAUUUUAACAACAAUGUAAAACCGCAACUUCAUCCAUCUUUGAAUACUUCACACGGCCAAACGCUACUACAGGUUCCCGGACAACAUCAUACGCAUCAUUCGCUUAGUGGUCGUAGCUCUAGCAGCAGUGGAAGCGCUAGCUGUGCAUCCAUCCCCUGCCAGAACACAAGCAACAGCAGCGCAGGCGGAGACCACUCCAGUGGUUAUCACAGUCUGAAUUGUAGCAACACUUCGCUGGAUCAGCAACUCCAUCUCAGCAACACCUCGAUGCCCGGCUCCUCUGGGUCAGGUUCAAAUUCAAUGAUAAAAAAUUCGCCAGACAAUGGAGGCGUUGGUGGGAUAGCACUGAACCGGUGCCGCCAUAUGAGCUAUAGUGACAGUCCCCAGUACCAAUCGGAUCUAGUUGACCAGCGGACGCCGAUGGCCUACGAGCAGAAGAGCACACUCAACGAUACUUUCGUGUUCAACUUUGACCCACGCGUCGUUGCCGGCUACAAAGCAAUGCACAUUCCACCCCAGCAGGGCGAACUGCGUACUCCGACUCCCUCCUGGCAGGGCCUCGGGCUCAGCCAGACUUCCCCUGUACCACUGGAGGCUUGCGACCUGAGCUGGGCCAACAGCAGUGGCAGUAGCGGUGGCGGGGGCGGAGGCGGAAGUGCUGCCGGCAGCGAUUCACGCCUCAACAUGACUACCACGAUGAUCGAGGUCACUCCGAUGCGUCAACGUGAGCAGCUAUCGCAGUACAAUGACGUUACCUCCAUACUGACCAGCCUGGGGCUGGAGCACUAUAUCAAAAACUUCAUCAACGGUGAAAUCGACAUGACCGUGUUUCAGACGCUCACCGACCAGGACCUGCUGAAUUUAGAUAUCAAACCGCUCGGUGCCCGCCGCAAGAUACUGAUGGCUAUCCAUGAUCUGUACACCCGUCAACACGGAAAUCCGUUCGCAAAUAUGUCGCCGGCAUCGUCUUCUUCGUCGAUGUCACGCUUCUCUGGUUCGGCGGCUCCAGGAGCGGAGCGUCGAACCUCCAGCGGCCAGUAGAGAGAUGAUAUGCUGCCAGCGGAUGAUGAGUUGCUGGUUGUCAGCCGUAAGGGAUGAUUAUUCAAGGUAUAACGACUAAAUAUGGACCGUGUCUUUCGGGCUCCUGUUGCGAACGGUAAAACGAAGAUAAAAUUCCUAUCAAGAGAGAUGCAACGACCACCCGAAGGCACACUUUGCCAGGAAACGCGCUAUUGUGGAGCAAGAAAAAAUGGUUUUAAUUAAUCGUUCCCAUGCAGCACCCACCUUCUCGUGCGCUUGUCGCAGUGUUCAAACCAUUAAUUGAUUAUCGAUUUUUCCAAGAUGCACUCUCGCCACUGUGUAUGGACGAGAUGUUGUUGCUCUGAAGCGAUUGACAGCAGUACAUUGCUCCAAUUUGCGCUAGAUAAUUGUUCAGCCGGAAAAUUCACCAUUCAAUCGCUGGUAAGGAAUAGAUCGCUCCGAUUUCUUCUGUGCGUUGAUUCUGCAGUGACAUUCAAUUCCAUUUGCAAUGCAAGAAGUCUAGCCGAGGAAACGAUACGUGAACGAGAUUUCCAGCUGAAUGUGACCUACCGCCUUCUGCCGCUGGAUUCGGCAAAAAAUCAUUUGCAUGCUGAGCAGCAGACAGCAAUUCAUCAUCUACCCAACGCUGGCACUGUCAACAUCAGCAUCCACAUCAUCUCCACCUGCACUAUAUUUAAUUCAUUUCAUCCCCUAUAUUCACCGCAUUUAAUUAACACUCAUCACUCACACCACACUCACUCCAAAUUGCAUGCGUUUCAUACAGUUUUUAAAAGUCCCCGCAAAAUCUACUGCUCUUUUUUUGCACUCAUCAACACCCAUACUCAAACCACAGUGCUCGAGCAAGCUAAUGAAUUUGCAACGGCUCUCACUAAUGGCUAUCUGGUUUUGUUCAGCCAGACUCUAGCCUGAUUUGUGUGAUUUGAAUAAAAUGCCAAUUUUACUACCCUUCAUCCACGGUCCUAGGUGACGACCUAGUACAGAAAGAGAGCGAAAUGGAAGCUUGCUUGUCUCUGAACACUCCUUUUUACACUUCUCACACACACACAUACAAAUUGCACUCUAUCGCAACUAGAAAAGUAAUUGUUCGGAGGGCGACUUGAAAAAUCAUCCAAACAUCCACUCACUAACACUCAUUAUCUAAUUGUAAGCACUGAAGAAAUAUUUUAAUUAAAAUUGCAUGCGCCAUUAAAAAUUCAACACUUCAUAAUGUGAUUAGGUAUUCAUAAUAUAACAGUUCGGCUGAAAAGUUCAUA